AACGAUUGAUUUUUUCCCUCAGGGUAUGACGUCAACGAACAGUACCGGGAACUUGGGUAUGACUGUUGUGAGUUCGAACGUGUCGGUUGGCCAGGCCUUGGGCGUCGAAUUGAUCAUCACUUUCAUCCUGGUUCUCGUGGUUUUCGGCGCUACAGACGAGAGGCGAAAUGACCUAAAGGGCUCCGCGCCUCUGGCUAUCGGUCUCUCCAUCACCGCCUGUCACCUCAUGGCCGUUCCAGUCACGGGGGCGUCGAUGAACCCAGCGAGAACCUUCGGUCCAGCGGUAGUCACCGGUAUCUGGGAGAACCAUUGGGUGUACUGGGUGGGUCCCAUCUUGGGGGGACUGGUGGCCGCAUGUGUGUACCAGAUGGUGUGGCGAGCCCCACCCUCCACCCACACCUCAGAGCCCGCCCUCAUCAAGCUCGACCAUCAUAAGGACCAGACAACCGCCUUCCUCCCCCGCUACCAGGUCACUGAAGUCAUCACCGACAGGACCACUUGCAUCUGAGGCACCCGACGCUACCUUCCCCUGGAUGUCACCCACCUACGUCUACGUUCCCCUGGAUGUCACCCACCUACGUCUACGUCCCCGCCCCCUCCACCCACAGCAUGAUAAGCAACUCAUCACGGUCCUGUCAACGUUGCUUGACCCGUUUCAUACUUGUAUUACAGGGCUAUUUAGCAUUGUAAACAAUCACUUGCCUCUUAACUGUGCAGAAUCAUUUGCAAACGAUGAUAUGCAACUCCACUUAUAGAUUAGCUCUUCUGUUCACUUCUGUAUACACUGGUUCUCACCUGAGCUCUGAUGAACCACUGGUCCACCAGUGGUUCACGCCACCACCUGUGUGUCAGACUCCAGCUAUGUCGUAGCCAGAGUCAAGACCUUCACACUCUUCAGGGCAGUAAGGUGACAAGUCCCCGCCGAAGCAAUGGAAGAACGAGUGUUUGACUCGUGACAAAUACCUUAUCUUCCUGUCACAGGUGUUCAUAUCUUACACGAGCUCAAAGCCUGACAAACUCACCCUCAGAUCAAUAUUGAGUGCGAUAGUUCAAAAAUGUAUAGUACUAUCCAGUCAAUUAUGGUCCAUAAAGACCUAGCAGAAGUGUUCAGUCUGUCUCAGCACAGCCACGUGUGACAUCUUCAAAUACAAAUUACCCAAAAUAUACAAACAAUAUACUACGAUGAGCAAAUUUAAAUAAAACAAGACACAGAAUAAAUCUAAAUGAGAAAAGACAUAUGAUUAUGUUCCCCGUACUAGCAUUAACCGUUAACAUUGCUCCCGGUUAGGCCCCCAAUUACAGCAAUGUGAUCUCGCUACGCUGCUUAACGCCCUAGACCUUCGCUCCCUAACCUCCUCUGGGCCAGUUUAUCUCAGCUACAUUAAGUCAUUUUACUUUUAACUUACAGCUCUGCCCAUCGAGUGACAGCGCAUAAGUGAGUUAUUAUGUGUUAUAAAGUAUUUUAAAUGACACCAAAUCCUUAUUUAUAAGAAAACUUAUGUAUAGAUAACUAAUUAUAAAUUUUUAUUAGACAAUACUAAGAUUUAGGUUUAUUAAUAUGAUAAGAAUUGUAUAGCUAGAAAGCCCCAAAAAUAUAAAAAUAAAUUAAUUUUUGUUGUAUUUCACGAAUCAUACAACAUAAAAAUAAUAGAGUAAUUAAAAAAAAACCUGGCUAAAUAUCCUAUAUUUAAUCCUUCAUAUUCACAUGUUUACUCAGAACGUGUAUCUUCACGUUUCAAGUGAAUAAACGGCCUUAUACACCAUUGUCCUUGCAGCUCAAAGAAUGUACAACACUUUGAAUUUGUGUAGAAAAUGAACAGUAUUUUAGUUCAUUUAGCUCAGCUGAUGUUCAAAUCUCAAGGUCAGGUACAAACUGAGAAGCAAUGUACAUAUGUUAUAUUCUUUAAGUAUGAUGUUCAAGUAUUAUGUUCAAAUAUGAUCAGGUAUGAUGUUCGUGCAUGAUGUUCUUCAGUGUUUGUAUUUGUAAGUAAUGUUUCUAAGUGUUCAUAAAAAAGUCCUUGUUCAAUUACUUGAAAAUAUGUUACAUGUUUGCAUAUUUAGUUCAUAAUAAACACUACAUACUGUAA